CUUGAGUUCACCGAUCGAUUGCACACAUGCCCACUGACCUGCGUUCAUGCAGCAAUGUGACCUGCAAACAGGCCACACCCGUCACCUGGGUAAACUCUUAUCAGUUAUAAAAGCUGUCUCUCGACUGAUUUUUGACCUGCUUUAUUUAUAGUCAGCCUUUCAGUAACAGGUAAAUAGCUGCAUCUAUGUACAGUAUGUGUGUGUGCAUGUAUUUUCAUGCACUGGGAUGUGUCUGAGGAGAGUCUCAGUGGGACACGUAAUGAUGUGUGCAGCGGUGCGGCAGAACUGGGUCACAGGAAGGUGGAGAGAGAGAAAAAGACACAAAGAGAAAGAAACACUGACAGCUACUGAAUCCAUUGGAUGGAGGAGCUGUGCAUGUUCACAUUAUUCCUGCAAAAGUCACCAUUUCCAUCACUGAGUUUCCUCUGCAGACCUCGAGAGUUGUCCUUCUGUGUUCCUGCAUGCCCAUUCUCCACAGAGGGCUUUAAUUUAUUGCACACAAUUAAAACAUUAAACUCAUUAAAUGAUGUUGGUAAUCAAGGUCUUAACAUUGUGACAGGCAGUGCAAAAAAACCCAAAACACAACACAAAAUUGAGCUUUUCUUAACCCCACUUUAUAGAUCUAUAGAAAUCGUCUUUGUCAGAUUCCUCCUCUCCUCACCUCACCCUCCAGCCCACCCUCCUUUCUCCCUCUUUCCCUUGUCCUCACCUCAUCGCCCCUGUUGUGCCUUUAGCAGCAAACUUGUCUGUCAGGCUCUCGUCCUUGUACUCUCUCCUCCCCUGUGGUGGCAGAAAAUGCAGGCUUGACUGAUUGUGACAUCCUUUAAAAUGGAUGCCAUCGUACUGGCUCAAAGCCCUCAACCAGGUACCACAAUGCAUUGCAUGAAAGACGAUGGCUCCGUUUACCGGUUUGUACUCUCUGGUUUCAUGCAGCAGUGGGGACGAAUGGUGUCACUGGGUGUUAAAAGGCUUUACGAGUUGUAAGUCUGGCCCACAGACUUUCCCUCCUUUCCCCAUCACCUGGCUGCCCCGCCCACAUACACAGCUCGCAUCAGGCGCUACUCCGAUGUGAUGACACUGCCGGACUCUUUCAUCCAACGCCAGCAGCUGGAUGCCAGCAUGGCUGACACCUUCCUGGAGCAUCUCUGUCUGCUGAACAUCGACCAGGAGCCAAUCACAGCGCGCAACACCAGCAUAAUCUGCACCAUUGGUCCUGCAUCCCGAUCGAUCCCCAAACUCCACGAGAUGGUCAAGGCAGGAAUGAAUAUUGCUCGUCUAAAUUUCUCUCAUGGAUCACAUGAAUACCACGGUGAAACCAUCAAAAACAUCCGAGAAGCGGUGGAGACGAUUACCUCUGAUCCCUUGUAUUAUCGGCCGGUUGCCAUCGCCUUGGAUACGAAGGGUCCAGAGAUUCGCACCGGAUUAGUGAAAGGGAAAGUGGAGGAGGAGGUGGAGCUGGUAAAGGGCAGCCAUGUCCGUGUGGUGACAGCAGAGUGUGACAAAGACAAAACAGACGGGAAGAUUAUCUGGGUGGACUACCCCAGCCUGCCCAAAGUCCUCGAGAAGGGAAGCAAGAUCUACAUUGAUGAUGGCCUCAUUGGACUCAAAGUACUAGAAACCGGACCUGACUGGGUGGAUGCGGUGGUGGAGGCCGGUGGGCUGCUGUGCAGUCGUAAAGGCGUUAAUCUCCCUGGCUGCGACCUCAUCGGCCUGCAGGCAGUCAGCGAGCGAGACGAGGCCGACCUAAGGUUUGGGGUAGCCCAGGGUGUAGACAUGGUGUUUGCCAGCUUCAUCCGCUCUGCCCAGGAUGUCAAAGAUGUGCGGCGAGUUCUGGGGGCACACGGACGAGACAUCAAAGUGAUCAGCAAGGUGGAAAGCCGACAAGGGGUUCAGAACUUUGAGGAGAUCCUGGCUGAGAGCGACGGUGUGAUGGUUGCCAGGGGCGACCUGGGGAUCGAGAUCCCAGCGGAGAAAGUCUUCAUCGCACAGAAGAUGAUGAUUGGACGCUGUAACUCUGCCGGCAAGCCCGUCAUCUGUGCCACACAGAUGCUUGAGAGCAUGGUGGCCCACCCACGGCCAACCAGAGCAGAGGGCAGUGAUGUGGCCAACGCCGUGCUGGAUGGAGCCGACUGCGUAAUGUUAUCUGGGGAGACCGCCAAGGGACUGUUUCCUGUGGAGGCAGUCGUAAUGAUGCACUCGAUCUGUAGGGAGGCAGAGGCGGCCAUUUUCCACCAGCAGCUGUUUGAGGAGUUGCGUCGCCUCACUCCUCUCUCCUCUGACCCCACAGAGGUCACAGCCAUCGGAGCUGUAGAGUCCUCCUUCAAGUGCUGUGCAGGGGCCAUCAUAGUCCUCACCACCAGCGGCAGGGCGGCACAUCUCCUGUCCAGGUACCGCCCUCGAUGUCCUAUUAUUUCCAUCACCAGAAGCCCUCAGGUGGCCCGUCAGUCUCAGCUGUUAAGAGGAGUGUUUCCUGUCCUCUUCCACCCUCUGCCUGCUCCCGUCUGGGCCGAUGAUGUAGACAACAGGGUCAACUUUGGCAUGGACAUAGGGAAAGCAAGAGGAUUCUUCAAGUCGGGCGACAUGGUGAUAGUCGUAACAGGCUGGAUCCCAGGCUCCGGUCACACUAACAUUAUGAGGGCAGUCAAUGUCCCAUAACAAUCUGACCUUCCCUGACUAUAAAUCCAACUGACAUGCUGACGUAUAAAUGUGAUGAUAACCACCCCUUUAAAUAAAACAAUAACCACCGCUACUUUUUAACA